AUUGAUAUCUAGGCAUUAGAUUGUGUCUGAUUUCGUGUAGUACAUAAACUGAUUCUUAUAAAUAUUUAACCCGUUUCCUCUGUAUUUACAGCAAUAUUAUUAAAUAUGGCCUUAUCAUCGAAUCAUUUGGAGAUUCUGCGCAAGAGUUUGCUAGAUAAUAAGAUAGAUUAUGUAAGAUUUACGUGGUGCGAUUUAAAUGGAAUUUCCAAGUGUAAAAUAGUGCCAGCAUGGUGUAUUGAGAAAUCUGAAAAUACACUCAAAUCUGGAGUAACGGCGACAUGUAAUGUUCUGGCGUUCGGACCGCAGGGUAUAAUACCAGCAAUUGAGAUAGAUGAGACUAAGAUAUGCUCCAAUUGCAUAAUUUUACCAGCCGUAGAACUCUAUCGAGAUUUAGUUUGGGCAUCGGAAAAAGACUGUAAGAUUGCCCAAGUAAUCUGUGAAACAUUUUGGAUGGAUAGGACGCCUCAACAGGCAAAUCCAAGAUUCGUGGCGAGAGCUCAAUUAACAAAGUUAAAAGAUCUUGGUUAUAAGCUCUUAUCUGCUUUUGAGAAUGAAUUUGUUCUUAAAAAGGACGGAAAGUUUGUAUUUGAUGAAUGUUCAUCCGAAACGUAUAAUACGAUAACAACAAGUAAAUAUGAGUCUUUCUUAACGAAUGUGGAGAAAAAUUUACGACACGCUGAUAUAAUGUGUCCAACAAUUGAGGUCGAAUUUGGAGGAGGGCAGUUUGAAAUUACUAUAGAAUGUAACGAAGGUAUAAAAGCGGCUGAUGAUAGUUUUACUUUCAAAGAAGCCAUUAAGGAGAUGGCACAAAAAUGUGGCAUGUCAGCAUCCUUCAUGAGUAAAAUUUCAAAGGUGAUUGGAAGCAGUUCUCACUUUAAUCAUUCGAUUAAGCGUGUUACGACGGAAGAUAACGCCUUCUUCGAUGCAAGUAAUAAAGUUAAGAUGUCUGAUGAAUGUAAGCAUUGGAUGGCCGGUUUAAUAAAACACGCCAGAGCGCUUACAGCCUUCUAUGGCCCCACUACUAAUUGUUAUGAUAGAUUGCAUAACAUAUAUUGCCCCACAAUAGCUAAUUGGGGCUUUGAAAAUCGACUUGCUAGCUUUCGAUUAGUGAGCAAUAGUGAACAUGGAACCUACAUCGAAAAUAGAAUUCCAUCGGCGGCUUCUAAUCCGUAUCUGGUUUUAGCUGCAACAGUAGCGGCUGGUAUCGACGGUUUGGUUCAUAAAUUGGAAUGCCCACCGAUGAACGAUGAAAACGCAGUUGUCUUACCGAAGAGUUUGGAAGAAGCACUCGACGAUUUAGAGAAAGAUACUGUUCUUUGUAAAGCUCUAGGAAAGGAACUAGUAGAAUGGUUCUGUAUUACCAAAAGAGUGUGCGAGAUAAAGGUGCUUAAAACUAAGGAAGAUGCACAGGUCAUGUACGAAAGAAUCAUUUAG